GUCAAGCGUCUCUUUCCCCCACGUGGGGUGCAGAGAGCGGUCCGCCCUGUCAGUCUGCAGACCUCUCCAGCCGAAAAGCACCGCCGGAGAAGUUUCUCCAGGACUCCUCGAGGCGUCUCAACCGUUCUUCAUCCCGAAAAACAAGCACCGGAAGCGGCUGCACGUCUCCGUUUGAACCCGUCAGUCAUGGCCGUCGUGAGGCUCUACAGUAACGAGGCGGUGAGCGGGCGCGCCGUGCAGAGGGCCGCCAGGCUCCACCCCCGGCUGUCCAUCGCCACGGAGCUGUGCUACAACGUGGAGCUCACGGGCUGUGAGCGUCUCAGUGCCGAGCAGAAGGAGGUCCUCCUCUGGUUGUUCCGUCCUCCCCUGCAAGCCGAGCCGCCGUCCGACGAGCCGCACCUCACCGAGGGCGGCGGGGGCACGCUGGUGGAGAUCGGGCCGAGGCUGAACUUCUCCACCGCCUGGUCCACAAACACCGUGUCCAUCUGCCAGAGCGCCGGCCUCACCAACGUCACGCGGGUCGAGCUGUCUCGCAGGUUUCUAAUCAAGGGUGGCGCCGGCGUGACGGAGCCCGACGGGGACCUGAGCCGGCUGAUCGACAGCCUGUACGACGGCAUGACCGAAUGCAUCUACCGGCGUCCCGUCACCUCCUUCGCCGUGGCAACCGAGCCGCAGCCGGUGUUCGAGGUGGACGUCCUGGGGGAGGGCCGCGCGGCUCUGCAGGUGGCGAACGACGACCUGGGGCUGGCCUUUGACUCCUGGGAUCUGGACUUCUACACGUCGAUGUUCCAGAGGAUUAAAAGGAACCCCACCAGCGUGGAGUGUUUCGACCUGGCCCAGUCCAACAGCGAGCACAGCCGCCACUGGUUCUUCAGAGGCCGCAUGGAGAUCGAUGGGCAGCAGCAGAAGGAGACGCUCUUCAGCCUCAUCAUGGACACCCAGAGGAACAGCAACCACAACAACGUCAUCCAGUUCUGUGACAACAGCAGUGGUAUCAGAGGGAUGCAGCUGGAGUGCAUUUACCCAGAAGACCCCUCCACAGCGAGCCCCUACGAGACGCGGCGCUCGCUGAGACACGUCAUCUUCACGGCCGAGACGCACAACUUCCCGACAGGCGUGGCCCCGUUCAGCGGCGCGACCACCGGCGCCGGAGGUCGUAUCCGAGACGUCCAGAGCGCGGGACGCGGAGGCCACGUCAUCGCCGGCACCGCGGGGUACUGCUUCGGCAACCUGCACGUCCCAGGUUACGAUCUGCCCUGGGAGUCCGAGGGGGAGGGCUGGGAGUACCCGUCCAGCUUCGCCUCUCCGCUGCAGGUGGCCGUCGAGGCCAGCGACGGAGCCUCGGACUACGGCAACAAGUUCGGAGAACCGGUCCUGGCGGGCUUCGCUCGAUCCUUCGGCAUGCGGCUGGCGGGCGGAGAGCGCCGCGAGUGGAUCAAGCCGAUCAUGUUCAGCGGCGGCCUCGGAGCCAUCGAGGACGCACACGUGAAGAAGGAGGCGGCGGAGACCGGGAUGGAGGUGGUGAAGAUCGGAGGGCCCGUGUACAGAAUCGGCGUGGGAGGCGGCGCCGCCUCCUCCGUGCAAGUUCAGGGGGACAACGCCAGCGCCCGGGACCUGGGCGCGGUGCAGCGGGGCGACGCCGAGAUGGAGCAGAAGAUGAACCGAGCUCUCAGGGCGUGUCUGGAGAGAAGCGACGGGAACCCCAUCUGCAGCAUCCACGACCAGGGAGCGGGAGGAAACGGUAAUGUGCUUAAGGAGCUCAGCGAGCCAGCGGGAGCCGUCAUCUACUGCAGCAGAUUCAAGAAAGGUGACCCCACGCUGAGUGUGCUGGAGCUGUGGGGGGCGGAGUACCAGGAGAGCAACGCCCUGCUGCUCCGCCCGGCCGACAGGGACUUCCUGGAGAGGGUGUGCCGCAGGGAGAAGUGUCCCGUGGACUUCGUGGGGAACAUCACCGGAGACGGCAAGAUCGUGCUGGUGGACGACGAGGGGGCCGCCGGGGGCCGCCGUCCCGUCGACCUGCAGCUGGAGUGGGUCCUGGGCAAGAUGCCGCAGAAGGAGUUCAAGAUGGAGCGCCUGGCCCAGACGCUGCAGCCUCUGGCUCUCCCCGCCGGGCUGAAGGUCAAAGACGCCCUGGAGCGAGUUCUGCGUUUGCCGGCCGUGGCGUCCAAACGCUAUCUGACCAACAAGGUGGACCGGUCCGUGACGGGGCUGGUUGCCCAGCAACAGUGCGUCGGCCCCCUCCACACCCCGUUGGCCGACGCGGCCGUCGUCGCUCUGUCGCCGUUCGGCCUAGAGGGAGCGGCCACCGCCAUCGGCGAGCAGCCAAUCAAAGGCCUGGUGUGUCCCGCGGCCGGGGCUCGCAUGGCGGUCGGAGAGGCGCUGACCAACCUGGCGUUCGCCAGAGUCACGGCUCUGAAGGACGUGAAGUGCAGCGGUAACUGGAUGUGGGCCGCCAAGCUGCCUGGCGAGGGCGCCCGUCUGUGGGACGCCUGCCAGGCCAUGUGCGAGGUCAUGGGUCAGCUGGGCGUGGCCGUCGACGGGGGCAAGGACUCCCUGAGCAUGGCCGCCAGAGUGGGCAAAGAGACGGUCAAGGCUCCGGGCGCUCUGGUUAUUUCGGCGUACGCCGUUUGUCCCGACAUCACGGCCACCGUGACCCCCGACCUGGAGGAUCCAGACGGCAAAGGCGUCCUCUUGUGGGUUCCUCUCAGUCCGGGCCGCCAUCGCCUGGGCGGCUCGGCCCUGGCUCAGUGCUACAGCCAGCUGGGGGACUGCUCUCCGGACCUGGAGCAGCCGCAGCUGUUUGCCGCCUGCUUCAACGCCACGCAGGGACUCCUCCGCGACCGUCUGCUGACCGCGGGGCACGACGUCAGCGACGGAGGCCUCAUCUCCUGCCUGCUGGAGAUGGCGUUUGCCGGAAACCGCGGGAUCGACGUCGAGUUGCCGUCGCAAGGAGCCGGAGUCCUGGAGCUGCUGUUCAGCGAGGAGCUGGGUUUGGUUCUGGAGGCUUCGCAGCUCGACGCGGACGCCGUGUGCCAGAGGUACGGCGACGCCGGCGUGCGCUGUCACCGCGUCGGGAGAACCCGCGGCUUCGGACCGGAGGCCGAGGUCAGCGUCUGCGUGGACGGACAGGAGGUGCUGAGAGAGCCGCUGCCUCGCCUCCGAGCAUUGUGGGAGGACACCAGUUUCCAGCUGGAGCGCCUCCAGGCCAAUGAGAUCUGUGUCAAGCAGGAAGAGGAAGGGCUAGCCGAGAGGACGCAGCCCUACUUCAAGCUGACCUUUGACCCCUCCGACGCGCCCAGCAUCAGCCAGCUCAGGCCUCGCGUGGCCGUGGUCCGGGAGGAGGGCAGCAACGGGGACCGGGAGAUGUCCGUGUCGCUGCACAUGGCCGGCUUCCAGGUGUGGGACGUCAACAUGCAGGACCUGUGCUCCGGAUCCGUGACUCUGGAGUCCUUCAAAGCGGUCGUGUUUGUCGGUGGAUUCAGCUACGCGGACGUCCUCGGAUCGGCUAAAGGCUGGGCGGCCACUGUCGCAUACAACCCCAAAGCCAAGGCCGAGUUCGAUCGCUUCCGGCGCCGGGCCGACACGCUGAGUCUGGGCGUCUGCAACGGCUGCCAGCUGAUGGCGCUGCUGGGCUGGGUGGGAGCGGACGAGGGCGCAGCCGAGACCGAAGUGGUGCUGACCCACAAUAAGUCCGGCCGGUUCGAGUCUCGGUUCGUCAGCGUUGGGAUCCAGGAGUCCCCCUCCGUCUGGCUCCGGGGCAUGCAGGGCUCGGCUCUGGGAGUCUGGGUUGCACACGGAGAAGGUCUGAUGCAAUUCCGUAGCUCGCUGGCCGAGGACCGGAUCAUUUCUGGUGGGCUCGCCCCCCUCCGUUACCUUGACGACCAGGGUCGCCCCACCGAGGAGUACCCUCUGAACCCCAACGGCUCCCCGCGGGGCGUCGCGGGGCUCUGCUCCGGGGACGGGAGGCACCUGGCCAUGAUGCCCCACCCGGAGCGCUGCACCCUGGGGUGGCAGUGGCCCUGGGCCCCGAGGGACUUCAGGCAGUCUCUCACGCCGUCGCCGUGGUUACGCAUGUUCGAGAACGCAGCUGCCUGGUGCAUCAGCGCGGAGGGUUAAUACUCUGUUUACCAAAGUCGUAGUUUGUCCCCUCUUUGGGGUCAACGCUCUCAUACUUUAUGACUCGGAGGCGGUUCUUGACUUUGGUACAAAUCUUUGUAAAGAAAGAAUACA